AUGUCGCUCACAACAACUAAUACGAAAACUCAAAAUGGAUUUGUGAGAGCUGUUAAAGAUUGUGCCAGUGGAACUGUGGGUGGUAUUGUUCAAGUGUUUGUAGGACAGCCAUUUGAUACUGUUAAAGUGAGACUUCAAACACAACCGAUACCUAAAGCCGGAGAACAACCAAGAUUUUCUGGAAUGUUAGAUUGUGUCCAAAAAACCAUAAAAUAUGAAGGGUUUACUGCAUUUUAUAAGGGAACCACAACUCCUUUAGUCGGCGCUGGAGCUUGCGUUUCGAUCCAAUUUCUGGUUUUAGAAUUUAUGAAACGUUUUUUUAAUGAAAGAAAUGGAGGAAAAAUUGGUUCAUUUACAAAUUCACAAUUAUAUUUGUCUGGAGCAGCUGCUGGGAUAGCUAAUUCUGUUAUAUCGGGACCAGUUGAACAUAUUCGUACCCGUCUCCAAGUUCAAAUUACAUCUCCCCAAGUUCAAAUUACAUCUCCUCAAGCUCUAAAUGCAGCAAAUAAAACUUAUUCUGGUCCUUUAGAUUGUAUUAAAAAAAUAUAUUCAUAUUAUGGCAUCAAAGGGAUUUAUAAGGGACAAUGUAUCACCAUGUUCCGUGAAUUCCAAGGAUAUGGUCAAUAUUUCUUUAUAUAUGAAUUUUUGAUGCAACGUUCUAUGGUCAAAGAAAAUAAGGCAAGACAUGAAAUACAAAGUUGGAAGUCUUGUUUAUUUGGCGCGAUAGCAGGAUAUGGAAUGUGGGCAUUAAUGUUUCCGGUUGAUCUCAUUAAAAGCAAGUUACAGACUGAUGGCUUUACUCCCGAUACACGUCAAUACAAGAGUUCAUUGGAUUGUGCGAGGAAAACUUAUGCAAAAGAAGGGAUAAAGGGUUUCUAUCAAGGUUUUAGUGCAUGCAUUUUACGUGCUGGUCCCGUUAAUGCUGCAACCUUUGUAGCCUUUGAAUUGGCCAUGAGACUUUUUGAUAAAUUAUAA